GACAGAGUGGUUACCACCAUCCUCGGCUUCUCUGCCGCGCCAUCUCCACCGUCCGCCGUCAAUCCCCACCGCGCCACAGCCGCCGCCCACAUGGCCGCGGCCGGCGCCUUCUCCCCCCUCUCCGGCACCCUCCUCCGCCGCCGCAUACCCCUCCACCAUCACCGCCGCUUCCUCUCCAUUGCAGCCGCUGCCUCGGAAGCCCCCGCGCCUGCCCCCGCCCCGUCCCAGCCGCCGCCGCCGCCGCCGCGUCCUCGCGGGAAGGGGUACUUCCCCAAGAAGAACGAGAUCCUCGAGCUGACAUGCGAGGGGCUCGCCUUCAAGGGGAAGGGCGUCUGCAAGGUCGACGGCUCCUCCUUCGUCCUGCUCUGCGACGGCGCUCUCCCCGGCGAGCGCCUCGUGGCUCGCGUCCGUCGCCUCCGCCGCGGCGCCUUCGCCGAGGCCUCCAAGCUAAAGACCCUCUCGCCCCACCACGACGCCGUCGAGGCCCCCUGCCCCCUCGCCGCCGACUGCGGCGGCUGCAAGAGCCAGUCCCUCGCCUACUCUGCGCAAAUCCACCACAAGUACGUCCAGGUCCGCGACUUGCUGGUAAAUUUCGGCAAGUUUGACCCCAGAAAGCUGGAGAGCUCGGAUUCAGAUGCCAUCCUUAAGCCCAUCGUGCCGUGCGAUGAGAUAUUUCGAUACAGGAACAAGAUGGAGUUCUCGUUUGGGACGAAGAGGUGGAUGAAAAGGGAGUGGAAGGAGGAGAAAGAGGAGGUGUCUAAGGGGGAAGAGGUGGAGACUGAUGGUUAUUCACUUGGACUCCAUGCACCAGGGUUCUUUGACAAGGUGCUUCAUGUUGAGACGUGCUUGCUGCAUAGUGAGCCGGCAGAUCAGGUUCUUGCAGUUGUUCAAGGAAGUUGGACGGAUCCGGCUCUUGGCCUCACGCCUUACGAUGUCUACAAGCACACUGGGUUUCUCAAGCAUCUAAUGAUACGAACUGGAAGAAAUGUCAGCACUGGAGCUCCAGAAUUGAUGGUCAAUUUUGUGACAUCAUGUUAUAAACCUGAGCUACUGGUGCCUCUUGUGGAUAGAAUCACAAAAAUAUCUGAAGUGGUAAGUGUCGUAAAUAAUGUGAAUACAUCUGUUGGCAAUACAUCCGUGGGUGAGCAAGAAUAUACCUUGUACGGGAAACCGACCAUUACAGAGAUGUUGAGAGGACUUACAUUCCAGAUAUCUGCCAACUCCUUUUUCCAGACUAAUACAAAACAGGCUGAUGUUCUUUAUAAGCUUAUUGAAGAUUCUGCUGGGCUUAAAGGAGAUGGCUCUGAGAUUGUUCUUGACUUGUUUUGUGGAACUGGAACCAUUGGGCUGACUCUUGCUAGAAGUGCAAAGCAUGUUUAUGGAUAUGAAGUUGUCCCUGAAGCCAUCGCGGAUGCCCAAAAGAAUGCUCAGUUGAAUGGUAUUAGUAAUGCUACAUUUGUUCAGGGAGACCUUAACAAAAUCAGCGAAACAUUUGGCAAGGAAUUUCCAAAGCCUGACAUAAUCAUAUCAGAUCCUAAUCGGCCAGGGAUGCACAUGAAGUUAAUCAAGUGGCUGCUAGAAGUCAAAGCCCCUCGAAUAGUGUACGUCUCUUGUAAUCCAGCUACUUGUGCACGGGAUUUGGACUACCUAUGUCAUGGCGUGGAAGAGAAAGGCCUGAGUGGGUGCUACGAGCUGAAGCGUGUAAUACCUGUCGAUAUGUUUCCCCACACUCCUCAUAUUGAGUGUGUGUGCUUAUUGGAGCUGUGCUGAUUUUCAGUUCUGUUCAGCUAGAGCCACCAGAAGGUUUUCAUUUGCUUCCUUAUCCUGCAUAAUAACUUAUUCUUCUGCUCUUAUAAGGUGUAACCAUCCUUCUACUUGUGGUUCAGAGAUUCAUAUUCUGAAAUGGGGUACACCUAUUUUUGAUGUAGAGUAUAAUAUCCACGCGGCAUAUCAUACACGGUGGUUUACUGAAGCCAUUUUGAAGUUAACCAGACGUGCUGAUUGCUGAAUGUAUUGUUCGGUUAGCAUAUCUCAAGCAGAAGGGGCCCUGGAACUAUGAGCGCCCUACAGAAGGACUCUGGGAAAAUCUUCGACAGUUGUCGAGGUUCUGUUCAUUGUUGCAGGCAGGGAUGCAUUAUGUAAACAGUAAGAAAAAAAAUGGAUGAAUUUGUCUGAUCUCUUCAUGAUGGUGUCUAAAUUUGCUUCCGGGACAUCGUUGACUCCUCUCAUAGCUGAUGCUGAAUCGUGACUCGUUCUCUGUUUAAUUGAAUUUUGGUUUGUGGUUGGCA